AUGACAUACCGAGCCCUCCCCGCUGGCAGCGCAUAUCAUCCGUUCGCAUCCGCAACUGUAUAUGUUACAGGGAAGGUUCAGGUGAUAUAUCCACAUCUAUUCUUUUCAUUAUAUUUCAGCCUCAAAAAGUUUCGGCAGUGGAUAUAUAAAGUCCAUCCUCAAAAUAUAUCAUUCUCUUUAGCACAAUGUGCGAAUACACAAGGAACUACUACAUCUACACUUCGUGUAUCGAUCCUGGAGCUCACUACUUCUCGACCUCCAUCGACGGAAGCAAAGAACGCCAAUGUGCAAAAGGGCCCCAUGAGCGAUACAUUGUCGUGCCCGGGCAUUGCCCUUUAUGCUCAUAAAUACCGUCAUCGUCACCAAUCUUCCGGAAUCUCUAUGAGGUUCUACAGAUCAUAUUCGACUUCACGUACCAUGAUUGACACUUUUAUUUCGCGUUUGACCUUGCACCAAUACCCCCAACAUCACAUGGAAGGAUUCUGGACGAUUUUCUUCCGAAACAAACUCCGGGCAUCAACAUAG